AUGGCCGAUUCGCCCGAUGGAACAGAGUCAGUAGGCGACUCCGGUGAUGACGGACAGCUCACAAUCCGAAUCCCCAAUCCAAAAGUCUAUAUGGCCCGGCAAUCACAGUGGAAAGGGCGUAGGGGAAAGCCGCGGUGUGACCAUUGUCGCCUAAACAAUUUAAAGUGUGACAGAGUUCUACCUACCUGUAAUCACUGUGCGUGGGCGAAUGGGCGCGAAUGCAAGUAUACGCCUUUACCCACGCCAGCCCAUAGAGGUAUUCCCAGAUGCGACCGGUGUCGGAUAAAGAACUUGAAGUGCGAUAGGAAUCUUCCAAUCUGCAACCACUGUGCCGAAGAGAACGAAAUCGAUUGUAAUUAUACUCCAAAGAAACGACAUAAGGUACCCUCAGAUCAUGCCACUACCAAAGACAGGCCAGUUGUGCCAUAUGCCGCGAAGACUGCGUCUUUUCUUGUGUCGGAUGUCCCUAACGGAGAAGGAGAAUCGGAGAAUGGCGCGGGCACGAACGGCGCACCAUCAGGUAGUCAGGUCUUCGAGAGUGAGAUGCGGACCGAACCUCAGAUCAAGCAAUAUUUUCCUCCAGGAUCUCCCAUACCUUUUGACGGCGAUGUCCCCAUUGAUGCCGAUACGGAACUAUUUCAGCAAGUGGGUCCGGAUGGUUCGACAACAUGGGUCCGCAAAAUAGCACUACCUCCUCUCGGUUCCAAAACACCUUCUAGCAGCAAUUCAGCCGGGUACCACCGUCCCUUCGUUCUCGACACCGGUAUGAUUGUCACCACUCCUCAUAUUGACCCAUGGACGCAUCCCGCUUUCGCCCUCCUACCGAGCGUAAUUGUCCAAACGCUGGCGGCAGUGAACGCCAUCGAAAUGCCUACCCGUCAUGCUUUUGACGAGGCGCUCGUACGCUUCGUAGGUGGACUAUCUCCAGAACUUCGCGAGACAGCAACGUUCCUCCUGGAUGUUUACGCUGAGAUCGCACAUGCGGUAUCGGAAGGCUCAGUAGCCACGCUGACACCCCGACUACAACUAUGGACGACUUGUCAUCAUGCGCGGUCGGGCUCGCGCAAACAUAACCUCGUUUUACUUCCUCGGGAUGCAUUUUACAGUAUGCAUAAAUCUGACGAGGAGAAACUGAGGGCAAACUUUAUCAUUCAAACGGACGGAGAGGGGGAGCCCGUUAAACAGGAUCAAUUAAUUGACGAGCGGCUGGGUUCAGUGGACCCAAGCGUGGUGUUUGAGCGGGUCCCUGUUCAGCCUCAAAUUUACGAUGUCUUGGUCUAUACCCAUCGACAUCACGGGUCAGCGUCUACAAUGCUCUCCGAAGCUAGACGGAUUGGUAUCGCUACUAUCACCUGGCCAAUGGCUGAAAUUUUUGUUCGAUUAUGCCCGCUAUGCAAAAUGCGGUCGAAAAGUGGCCCUCGCGGAGCCCCUGAAGAAGAUCCUGGAUUUCGACAGCAGCUCACGAAAAGAUAA